AUGUCGAUAAAAGAAGAGGACGUUUCGUUAUUCACAGCUACAGAACAAACAACAACGGAUGCAAAACCAGCGCAAUAUACUGGAGUUCUUGCCACAAGCAUUAAUCUUUUGAACUCCACUCUUGGUGCAAGUAUUUUGACAAUAGCCAAUUCAUUUACAUUCUGCGGCUUAAUUCCAUCGAUUUCUAUACUUGCUGUAUCAGCAUGCGUAUCUUAUGUAUCAGCUAGUGCCAUUGUAAAAUUUCACACCAUAACUGACAUCGAUUCUUUCGCUAAGAUUUCUCAGGUUGGACUUGGAAAAUUAGGACAAUACGUCACAGAUAUUUCGAUUAUGUUAUACUGCUAUAGCUGCAUGACAGGUUACGUCGUAAUGGGAGCAGAAAUUAUUCAGUCGUGGUUCGCAAUCUUUCACGUUAAUUUAUACAAUGCACGCUGGAAACGUUAUGUAACUGUUCUAUGCUAUCAUUUCUUUGUGCUUUUCAUGUUAACUCUCCCAAGAAAUAUGAAUUUCCUAAGUUCAACAUCUAUUUUCUGUUUCAUAGGUCUUAUGCUAUACUUCUCAGGCAUGAUUUACAAGGGUGUCACAAUCUUGCCAAAAGAAGGCAUAAAUCCAUCGGUUGAAACAGGAACGUUCGAUUUAAGGAUUUUCAACACACUUUCCAUCAACGUUCUUUGCUAUUCUCUUUCAGGUAUCGUUAUACCUGUCAUCAGAGUCAUGGCUCCUUCACUUCACUUAAGAAACGUUGCAUGCGCUAUUUCUUACUUCUUCUCUUUCCAUAUAGUGUUUAUUCCAGCAGUCAUUGGUUACUUACUCUUUGGUGCUGGUACUCCAACUCUCAUUCUCAACGCUUUCGACGAUCAUGAUCAUUUAUUCAUCAUUGUCAGAAUUGCAUGCUUCGUUAUUAUGAUUACUAGCUACCCAAUGAUGGGUCUUUCCCUCAAAAGAAUGUAUUCACAUUACUUCUACGGAACAGAUGAUCAACAUCUUCUUCCUCUUAAGAAGAGAAUCAUCUGUCUCGCAUGCGAAAACCUUCCUCCACUUCUAAUUGGCUUGUUCCUUCCAAAUGCAAGACCUGCUCUUGCUAUUGGAGGUGCAAUUGGUGGUGGAAUGACAAAUCUUUUCUUACCUCCAUUAUUAUACAUCAAGAUCAUGAACAAGAACAGAAAACAGUUUGUUUAUUGGCUCAUGAUCAUUUUUGCUAUAAUUGGUUUAUUCCUUGUCGGAAUUGCUACAUUUGAAGCCGUUGUGGAUGCAAUUCACUUCUUCAAGAAGGCGCAUUCAUCUUAA